UUUUAUUUUGAUCUGGUGAUGUGACGCCAUAUUGCUGCGUAGCGCUCCUGUGUUUGUGUUUCAGCAGGGAAGCAUCCAAACACACACACAGAACAAACUCCUGGGGAAUCAAUUGAGAUCCAUGUGACACAAUAUUAUAAAGAUGGUGUUUAUUAAAAAGGAGAGAAAAGACAUGAAAACUGGUGAAGAAUAUGGAGUUAAAUAUCGAGAUAUUGGGCAACAAACUGAGAUGAAAUUUAUUAAAGAAGAGAGUGAAGAUAUGAAAACUGAAGAAACAUUCAGAGUUCAACAUCAAGAUACUGGGCAACAAACAAACAUGGUGUUUAUCAAAGAGGAUAAUGAAGACAUGAAGAUCAAAGAAACAUUCAGAGUCAAACAUGAAGAUACUGAGUUGAAAACAGAUCUGAUACCACUGAAAGAGGAGCAUCAGCAACUGAAUGAAAUGGAAGAUAAUUGUAAGAUACCUCACAAUUUCACUGGAGAACAUUUGUUUAAUUGCUCACAGACUAAAAAGACUUAUUCACAAAAAAGAGCUCAAAAGACAGGAGUACAAAGUCAUUUCACCUGUCAACAAUGUGGAAAGAGUUUCACUACAAAAGGAAACCUAGAUGCCCAUAUGAGAAUUCACACUGGAGAAAAGCCUUACACCUGCCAACAAUGUAGUAAGAGUUUCACUACAAAAGGAAAUCUUGACAUUCAUAUGAGAAUUCACACGGGGGAAAAGCCUUACACCUGCAAACAAUGUGAAAAGAGUUUCACUACAAAAGGAAAUCUUGACGCCCAUAUGCGAAUUCACACGGGGGAAAAGCCUUACAACUGCCAACAAUGUGGAAAGAAUUUCACUAAAAAAGGAAAUCUGGAUUCCCAUGUGAGAAUUCACACUGGAGAAAAGCCUCACACCUGUAAACAGUGUGGAAAGAGUUUCACUAAAAAAGGGAACCUUGACCACCAUAUGAAAAUUCACACAAGAAAGAAGCCUUAAAGAGAUAUUCCACCCCAAAAUGAAAAUGGUCAUUAAUCACUUACCAUCAUGUCAUUCCAAACCCAUAAACACUUUGUUCAAUAAUUCCACUAGUCUGUGUCUCUCCACAUCAGUGUAGCACCAUUUUGGAGAAUAUGAGCUGAACACAAACUGCAUACACUCUUCUGUGUCAGCCACACUGCACUAAUGGACUGUUUUCUUACAAAUCAAAGCAAAUAGAUGCAGAAAACAUAUCCUUGUGGCAUGGCUGACACAGAAGAGCGUACACCGUUUGCGUUCAGAUCAUA